ACCCGAAGAGAAAACUGCUAACAAAAAUAAAGCUGUUGGUCUAACAAACUGGUGGAAAUGGCAUGGCCAACAAGGGUCCCGCUAAUGAAGAUAAACUGAUAUCCCAUGGAAAACCAAGAAAAAGAAAAAAAAAAAAGAUAUUGCCAUUCGAAAUUAAAUAGAAUAUAAAUCGCUAGAAAAUGGCAGCGAUUUGUCAGCAUCAGCCAAGCAGAACAAAUGCAAAGUAGUUUCAACUAGCAAAGAAAGUCACCAAAUGUAAUAAAAGAAAAAAUCAAAAAGAACAACUUCCGCAUAGAAUUACAUUGUCUCUCUCUCUCUUUAUAUACAUAACGUGUUUAUAUAUAUAAAGAGAUAUAAAUAAAGAGGCUAAAUUUGGGCAAUUUCACGCAUCGCGGCAAAAUGGCAGGCGCUAAACAGAACGCCCACCGAGGCCACGCCCCACAGUUCUACUGUUUUUCAAAUAGAAAGAAUUAAAUCAGAAAAAGGCAGAAGCAUCGAGAGUUAAAUAGAGUGGGCAAGAAAAAGUGUAAGGAAAGGAAAAAAAAACGGCAGCAUAAACUAAGCCUAAAAGUGAAAUAUUAUGGCAACUUUUCAAAUGGAAAUGCGCCAGCAGCAACAACAACAGCAGCAGCAGCAGCAACCAACGAAUUUAAAGCAACGACUAAUAGCUACGAGACGACACCAGAACCCUAGGCAACACCAGCAGCAACAACAAAAGCAACAACAACAACGACUACACUUGGAGUCCCCACCAAAAGCAACAGAAUCGACAGCAGAUGCAAUCCGCUUAACGGAUUGCCCUAGACUCUGGCCCAGCACCACCAGCAGCUCAUCGAGAGCAACAGCAACAGCUACAACUAGCACUUCAUCCACUUCACACACCAACAACAGUCGCUACAAGAGAUUCUUCUCGUGCAGCUGUCGACGAAGAGCACUGAUAAUGCUUAGCAUGCUGGUGGUUAUCGUCGCUGUGAUAUCUGGCAAUGGUGUGCUUGCCGCUCAGCGGGACUCCUACAAAUCGAAGGAUAUGACGAGCAGUAAUAAUGCCAUACCAAAUGCAAGCGAUGUUGCUUCAUCAGCAACUGCUACGUCUACUGCUGCUGCUGCUGCUGGUGCUCCCAAUGGCGUUGGGUCCGGAAGCGGAAGCAGCAAUAGCAACAAUAGCAACGGAAAUAGCAAAAAUGCUCAGGCAACAUCAUCAUUACCAUCAUCUUCUGCAGCAGCAGCAGGAUCAUCAACCGGAGGUACAGGCUCAAUGACAACCGAUGCCAGUAGCAGUGGCUCAACCAGCACCAUAACUGGCAUUGCCAGUGGCAGCUUGCAUAAGGCCACUGGCAAUAGCAAUACAAUUGCCUCGCCAGCUGGUGCUGCUGCUGCAUCCGGCAUCCAUAGGAAUAGCAUUGAGCUAAUCGAAGACGCACGCAACGCUGGGCCAUACUUUGACAAGGCUUCUUCCAAGAAUGUGACCGCCCUUUUAGGCAAGACAGCCUAUUUAAAUUGUCGAGUCAAGAAUUUGGGCAACAAAACGAUGUUGCUGCAAGUUUCUUGGGUGCGACAUCGAGAUAUACACUUGCUGACAGUUGGUCGUUAUACCUAUACAUCGGAUCAACGUUUUCGCGCCAUACACCAACCGCAAACAGAAGACUGGAUGCUGCAAAUCAAAUAUCCUCAACAUCGUGACUCGGGCGUUUACGAGUGCCAAGUAUCGACAACGCCACACAUGAGUCAUUACAUUCAUCUGAAUGUUGUUGAACCAUCGACCGAGAUUAUCGGUGCACCCGAUUUGUAUAUAGAAAGCGGCUCAACUAUAAAUCUCACCUGUGUCAUACUCAAUUCACCAGAGCCUCCGGCCUAUAUCUUUUGGAAUCAUAACAAUGCUAUUAUCAACUAUGAUUCGCCGCGUGGUGGUGUCUCGGUUGUAACCAAUAAAGGUGAUACAACGACAUCAUUCCUUUUGAUUAAAUCAGCGCGUCCAUCGGAUUCAGGGCAUUAUCAAUGUAAUCCAUCAAAUGCAAAAGCCAAAAGCGUAACGGUACAUGUGCUGAAUGGUGUUUCUCAUUCCGUUUCCAGGGGAGUUCCCAGCAGCAAUGCAGCACGCGGCACCAAUGCAUCCUCCCAACUCGGCCAUUCGAUAUCUCUUGGUGUACCUGUUUGUGUGCUUCUGCAGUUGGGCAUGUGUCGGACGCUUGCCACGCUCUUGGGAGACUUCAUCUCCUCCCUCAUCCACCACAGGCAAGAUAAUGCGAAUAUCAAAACAACCAGGACGAGAGGGCACAACCAACAACGCCGUCAAUGUGGAGAUGCGACAACAGGGACUGAAUGUCUUUUUGGCAAACGACAUUUCCUUGUCGAGUGCAUUUUAAGACUUUUCUUUUGGCUGCGAACACAACGGCAACUACAAUCAAGGAAUACGUUUGGUCGAAUCUAUGAGGCAGACAUAAGGUGAGCGUUGAAAAGACAAAGGACUUGAAAUUACAACUAUGAAUUACAAUAAACUCUAGAAUCUUUAACUCGAAGAAAAACACAACUAUACACAGACAGACAUAGACAGGAUCUACAUACAUAUAAGCAUCUGUAACUAUAUAUAUAUAUGAUAACUAUAAUAUAUUGAAACCUAUGGGCUAUUUGGAGUUUUCUAUAAAUCAGCGACGUAUACGUAAUAUUUAGCACAAAACAUAAACUAGAAAUCAGAAAUGAAAACACAAAAACAAUGCCAAGUUGUCGCCUUUUUUAUGUACGACUUUG